AUGAUAUCCAGGAUUCAUAUCACAGCUUUCUCAUGGCUGCUGUGCUUCUCGGCCCUUGUUAGUGGGCAGACGACAGUCGGCCAGCUUCUUCAGCAGACUCCAACAUGCGCCGUGUCAUGUUUCCUCGACGUCCUUCCGGAUGCUAGCUGCCUCGCCAGCAUCGACCAACUCAACUCAUGCAUCUGUUCAAACGUAACACUGCUCACCACGCUGUCAGGCUGUACCCGACUGGCAUGCGAAGUUCCUGACCAGAUCGUGGGCGAGAAUGGUCUGGGUCAGAUAUGCCGUGAUGCUCCUCUAUUUGUGGAGUCACAAGCGACGUUCCUCAAGGUCCUUGCUAUCAUGGCGAUGGCUCUUGCUAUCCCAAGCAUCGGGCUGCGGUGGUAUGCGAGAUACCAGUCCUCCACGCUGGGCGUUGACGACUACCUCGCCCUCCUGGCUACAAUCGCCUUGCUAGCUGUCAGUGCUGUCCAGCUCGCAAGCUCAUUCAUCGGCUUCGGCGUACACGUAUGGGUCGUUGACCCCCGAAAUGCCAUUCCCCUAUUGCGAUUUUACUGGAUCAGUCAGCAGCUCUACAUCCUCGAUCAGCUGCUAACCAAGAUCUCGCUCCUCGCUCUGUACCUGCGGGUGUUUCCCAAACGCUGGAUCAGCCUCACGGCUCGCUACGGCAUAGUUGUGAUGGUAGUCCAAGAGACCAUCUUUUACUUCCUCAUCUUGCUACGUUGUAUGCCCGUUUCCGCAUCCUGGGACAUACGCGAGAAAGGUCGUUGCCUAGACCUAAACGCGAUCGGGUUUGCGGGAGCUAUACUGGGUAUAGCGGAGCACUUCGCCAUCUUGGUCAUGCCAUUACCGGAGUUAUGGAAACUGAAACUUUCCAAACGGAAACGAAUUAUGCUGGCGUUCGUGUUCAGUCUAGGGUCCUUUUCGCUAUUCACUAGUGUGAUCCGUAUAAGAUAUGUCAGAAAGUUCGCGCCCACGGCCGACCUGUCUUGGGACAUAGCUCCGGCCAUAUCUUGGUCUCUCAUCGAGUUACUGAGCACGGUAAUAUGCCUGAACCUGCCGCCGUGCCGGCAGCUCAUCAGCAAAAUCAUCCCACGUCGACUUGCCACAACCAUUCACAAGGGACACAACGGUACAGGGGCGUACGGUGUCUAUGGAGCUUAUGGUGCCGCCACCGAACGUGGCGCGCAAACCAUAGAAUUGAAGAGCAAAACUCCGCCGAUGGGCGGCAUCUUGCACACGACUACUAUCGAGGUCACACAUGAACGCAACUUAUCCGAUGAUGAGCUCCUCAUCGUCAAGACGAGGCCGUCGGUGUCGUCCGCCGCAUCGAGGAGGAGCCUGCAGACUAUCGAUGAGGAGUAUGACGACCCUAAUGAGCGUGGUCGGAGCAAAGUAAGGCGGCCGCCUGCGGCUACUACUGUGAGGCGAACGCCGAGUGUGGAUGUGGAAAUUGAUCGAUCCAGGUUGGGUCUGUACGACUUUUUUCCACACAAAGAUUGA